GGCCCACACUCCCCUCAAGCAACCGGGAAUGCCCGCCUCUCCAAGGCUCUCCCCUUCCGCCACGUGCUCCCUCGCGGCCUUCUCCGCUUCCCCUUCCUCGCCGCCACGCAGCAGCCGCCGCCGCCGCCGCCUCGCCUCCCCCAUGGGGCAGUCCAAGAGCGCGCCCCAGGGAAGCAGCCACAGCAGGGGCAGCACGCGGUGGUCGCCGCCGCCGGCGCUCCGGCUCGAUCUAGGGCUGCUGUUCGGUCGCAAGCCGAGGCCCGGAGGCGAAAGGCUUGAUUUGGGGAACUGGGUGCGCUGCCUGCUGUCACGGGCUCUCCCGCCACCAGCCGCGCACACGGGGGCGGAGGUUGAGGCUGAGGCUGAGGAAGAGGGGCGAGACGCUGGAAACCGUGUGGAGGUGGAGGUGGGCGGCGAGGAGGCCGAUCACCUCGUCGUCAUGGUAAACGGGCUCUACGGAAGUUCUGCGGAUUGGAAGUUUGCGGCGGAGCAGUUCGUGAAGAGGCUGCCGGGGAAAGUCUAUGUGCACCGUAGUGAGUGCAAUCAUUCGAAGUUAACAUAUGAUGGAGUCGAUUUAAUGGGUGAAAGGCUGGCUGAAGAGGUACGACAAGUUAUCCAGAGGAGAAGGAAUUUGCGGAAAAUCUCUUUUGUUGCUCAUUCACUUGGUGGAUUGAUUUCAAGAUAUGCAAUUGGGAAGCUCUAUGAAGACUCAGUAAGAGAAGAACCAUGCCUUAAUAUGGAUAUGCAUUCUGAUCAAGAUAAUAUAUAUAGAGGUGGUAUGAUAGCUGGCCUAGAACCAGUGAAUUUCAUAGCAUCAGCCACACCUCACUUGGGCUCAAGGUGGAAUAAACAACUGCCCUUUCUUUUCGGUGUUCCACUUUUGGAGCGAACUGCUGCAGAAACUGCACAUUUUAUUGUUGGAAGAACGGGUAAACAUUUGUUCCUCUCAGACAAGGAUGAUGGGAAACCUCCACUACUCGUGCAAAUGGUUGAAGAUUGCGAUGCUGGAAAAUUCAUGUCAGCUUUGAGGUCUUUUAAGCGGCGUGUUGCCUAUGCGAAUAUAACAUAUGAUCAUAUAGUUGGUUGGAGAACAUCAUCGAUUCGGCGUCAGCAUGAGCUACCCAAACUCCCAUUAACAGCAAGUGAUGAGAAGUAUCCGCAUGUUAUUAAUGUUGAUACUGGUGCUAAACCCGAGAGCCAUCAGCAAGAGGAUUCUGUAGAAGCUUCACUCGCAGAUAGUCUUGAAGAGAUGAUGAUCAGUGGCCUUACACAAGUAACCUGGGAACGUGUGGAUGUAUGCUUUCAUGAGAGCCGGCUAAAAUAUAACGCCCAUUACAAUAUCCAGGUUAGGACGCAUCCAAUGAACUUGGAAGGAGAAGACGUCAUCAACCAUAUGAUAGACAAUUUUAUUGUUUAGGCUGGCCUGUCUUGCCGAUUGUUUCCAAAUGAAUUCAGCUGGAGAUGUAACUCGUCUUACAUGCGGCCGCUAACUCCAAUCUAGUUAGGCUAUCGAUGUCCUGAAAGACCCACACAUAUAAAGGUGAGCAGGACACGCGACCUCCUGAUUUCAUUGUUAUAAUACUGUAAGAUUAGUUUAUAGUGCUGUACAUAUUAGCCCCACACUGUAAAUAUUGUAGAUACGGUAAACUAAGAUUGGUACAUUGGAAUUUGUAUGUCGGAACAAUACAUGAUGUUACAGUUAUGCAA